GCCGCUCGCUCCCGGAAGUGGAGGGGCUACUCGCAGAGCGUCGCUGGGGCUGGAUGCUCGCAGCCAGAAGCGCUCGCGGAGCUUGCCCGUCGGCCCCCGAUCGCCAUGUCGUCCUUCGACACCAACCCCUUCGCGGACCCAGUGGACGUAAACCCCUUCCAGGAUCCCUCUGUGACCCAGCUGACCAAUGCCCCACAAGGUGGCCUGGCUGAAUUCAACCCUUUCUCAGAGACCAAUGCAGCGACCACGGUUCCUGUCACACAGCUCCCCGGGCCCUCACAGCCGGCUGUUCUCCAGCCCUCCGUGGAACCAGCCCAGCCAACCCCUCAGCUCCUGCUUAGGCAGGCCAGCAAGUUCCUGCCUCCCAGAUUCCUGGCAGUGAGCAAGCUCUCAGAGAGGCAGAUGCUACUAGGAGGAGAUAGUAUUCUCAGAGACAGCUACAUGCAAAAGCUUCCGAAGGCCGUGGCCUCUGCAGCCCAGGCGAGCCUGCUCCGGCAGCAGGAAGAACUGGACAGGAAAGCGGCCGAACUGGAGCGUAAGGAGCGGGAGCUGCAGAACAGUGUGGCCAACUUACACGUGAGAGAGAACAACUGGCCGCCCCUGCCCUCCUGGUUCCCUGUCAAGCCCUGCUUCUAUCAGGACUUCUCCGCAGAGAUCCCCGCCGACUACCAGCGGAUAUGCAAGAUGCUCUACUAUCUCUGGAUGUUGCACUCGGUGACUCUGUUUCUGAACCUGCUUGCCUGCCUGGCCUGGUUCUUAGUCGACACCAGCAGGGGCGUGGAUUUUGGCCUCUCGAUCUUGUGGUUUCUGAUCUUCACCCCCUGUGCCUUCCUUUGUUGGUACCGACCCAUCUAUAAGGCCUUUAGGUCCGACAACUCUUUCAGCUUCUUCGUGUUCUUCCUUAUAUUUUUUUGUCAAAUAGGCAUCUAUAUCAUCCAGUUGAUUGGCAUCCCUGGCUUGGGGGACAGUGGUUGGAUGGCAGCCCUGACUACACUGAAGCAAGACUUGGCCGUGUCGAUCAUCAUGAUGGUGGUGGCUGGUUUCUUCACCCUCUGUGCGGUGCUCUCCCUCUUCCUCCUAAAGCGGGUGCACUCCCUGUACCGCCGGACAGGGGCCAGCUUCCAGCAGGCCCAGGAGGAGUUUUCCCAGGGCAUCUUCAGCAACAGGACCUUGCGCAGCGCUGCCUCAUCUGCUGCCCGAGGAGCCUUCCAGGGGAAUUAGCCUUCCUAAGUCUCCUCCCUCUGCCCCAGCCUUUUCUCUCACCUGCCUUCUGAGCUGCACUUUUCAUGGGUGCCUUAAGCAGUGGUUACGCCCAGCAUAGAUCCGGGGAUGAUUUUGCCAUGGUUCUUGCUCCUUCCUCAGCAACCAGCUCUCCCUUCCACUGAUGUGGAGAGGAGGAAGGGACAGGGACUUUUUUUAUAUAAGAGAAAAGAAAAAAAAAAAACAUUCUUUCCUUCUCUGGU